AAUGCUGGUGAGCCAACCCAGUACGUUGAACACGGGUUUUUAGGAACCGGAGGGCUACUGAUUCCGCGCCAAACAGCCCUAAUUGGCUCCAUUCUCAGCAACCAAGUGGCCCAGAGCUUUGACACGAUCUUCGUUUACCAGAGCUUUACUUCGUCCUCCUGUGAUUACGAUGGCAGUUUGAUUUCUUGGGAUCGUUUGAUCUCUCAGUGAUCCGCUCUCAUCUCGCCAUGAACGACGCCUCUGUCAAAGGCCUCGAAGUCUUCGAUUUCACCGAAGAAGACGAGCUUCCUGAAUUGAUCUCCGAGAAGUGUCUCAGCAAAUUCAAAAACCCUAAUCUCGAAACUAACUCUGUUUUGAAGUAUGGAUGUCUUGAAUUAGGGAAAGAGGUUGAAAAUCCACAUAUGGAUGUUGACUUGGAUGAAUGUAAUCGUGGUUGUGACAAUGGUAUUUCACAUAUCCCCCCGGGCAUAUCUAAAGAGCAAUUGAUCAUGGAAGAAGAGAAAUAUCAAUUGGAUGUCAAUACAGAAUCAGAAUGGAAUACUCAUUCACAAGACAUGUUUGUGCAAGUAAAUAAUCACGUGACAGGAUGCUUUGGCUCUGAGCUUGGAAAAGUUGGAUCUAGCUCUCAAAGUUCUAUCCUGGGGUUAAAUUGCUCUCUUCCUGAGUUUGCCGCUAAAAGGGAGCAAGUGGAUGCACUUUCAUAUCCUAAUGGAAGCAUGAAUGGGAGUUCUCCAAUGAGCUCUCCUUCGGAGCUUGUAGAGGAUAGUGUUUCGCCGAAUGGGAAGUCUUCAGAUAAGUGCUCAUCUGACAAUGAAAUGGAUGAUCUUAACCAAGAGGUUGUUCUAUGUCCCGAUUAUAUUAUAUAUGGAGAUUCUUACUGUACCAGUUCGCAGUUAACCUUUUCACAUAAUGGCGUCAAAAUUAAUGGUUUUUCUGAUUAUGGAAGCAACGAGUUCCUUAACCUUGAAUGGGGAGUUGAUGAUCUCAUUAAUAUUGAGUGUCAUUGGUUUCAAAGGGUUGAAUUUGUGACGAUUAAGCUCCAUACUAUAUCAAAGGAUGUUGGUCAACGUGAUAAUGGAUGUGACACUUCUGGCCUUAAGGAAGUGAAGAUUGUUCUAGUUGAUCCUUGCUGGUCUGAGAAACAACAAAAAAUCAGAUCUUUGGAUUCCAGAUACAUGGCUAUUUGGAAUAUGUCUCUUGAUGUGGGCGAUGAUGAUUUGGGUGGACCAAGACAAUAUUUCCCCAACUUUGAUGAGCAUUUUGAAGAAGUUGUCUAUCCCAAAGGAGAUCCAGAUGCCGUUUCCAUUAGUAAGAGGGAUGUUGACUUGUUGCAACCAGAGACAUUUGUCAAUGAUACAAUCAUUGACUUUUACAUCCAGUAUUUGAAGAGCCAGAUAGACCCUAAGGAGAAGCAUAGAUUUCACUUCUUCAAUAGCUUUUUCUUUAGGAAGCUAGCUGACCUUGAUAAAGAUCCCUCAAGUGCUUCUGAUGGCAAAGCUGCUUUUCUUCGUGUUCGAAAAUGGACUCGGAAAGUGAAUUUAUUUGACAAGGAUUAUAUCUUCAUUCCUAUAAACUUCAACCUUCAUUGGAGCUUAAUGGUCAUAUGCCAUCCUGGUGAAGUGGCUAGAUAUAGCGAUGAAAACCUGAUGAAGUCAACAAAAGUACCGUGUAUAUUGCAUAUGGAUUCUAUUAAGGGAAGUCACGCAGGCCUUAAAAAUCUCAUUCAAAGUUAUUUGCUGGAAGAAUGGAACGAAAGAAACAAGGAUGCAUCUGAAGAUAUUUCAUCAAAGUUUAAGAACCUUCGGUUUCUCCCACUCGAGCUUCCACAGCAGGAAAAUUCAUUUGAUUGCGGAUUAUUUUUGCUCCACUAUCUAGAACUCUUUUUGGCAGAAGCUCCUCUUGAUUUCAGUCCGUUCAAAAUCUCCAAGCUUUCAAAAUUUCUUAAUGUGGAUUGGUUCCCACCUGCUGAGGCUUACCUCAAGCGAACUUUAAUACAGAGAUUAAUUUUUGAAAUCCUUGAAAAACGAUCUCGACAAAUGUCCACCACUGCUUGCAGUGAUGAUCUCCUUUCUAAAUUUCCAUCAAACAAUGAGGAUGAAGCUGGUGUGGAGCUUGUUCCGGAAAGUGGAAGACUGGCAGAGACAUUCAAUCACAAUUUGUCAAGCUCACAAGCUGCUGAUGGGAUUGAAAUUACUCUGUUAUCUGAAUCUUCGAGUAGACAUAACCACUUUAUGGACGGUUCUGGCUUGGUUGUCAGAGAACUAUUUGAACCAGGCACAUCGAAUGGAUCAUUACUUGGACACUAUCAAUCUUUUGCCCAGACAUCAUCGUAUUUUGAUACAAAUGUUACCGUGUUGGAGGAAGAUGCAGAUACGGAAACUGGAGACCGUUUCAUGUACUUGCCUUCAGAACAGGAUGGUUUGCAGCCAGUUGAUGCAAUGACAUCUCAAGCUUGUCGUUUUCCGGGUUCGUCAAGAGGCCUAGAAUCCGAGACUGCUUUUGACUUGUGCAUGUCUAUUCAACCAGAGCAUGGUAGUGGCAUUGCCUCAUCCCCCUCAAGUCACUCAGAUGUCUUAGAAGAUGUGGGAAUCAUUGAAAGUUGCGAUGUUAGGGAACCAAGCCCUGGUAACAAAGAAGAAAUUAACAGAAAAAGGCCCUUACCAAUUGAGAACCUGGAACCUAUAGCAGAAUGCCCCACUUCUGCUGCUACCACGACGCAAGAUACCGACACCAUUGUCGUUUCUAAAGAUACUAAUGAUACUUGUGAAGACAUGGAAAAUGAUGGUUCUGAUCCUCAUUGUAAAGAAACUGUCGUUGCAUCACCGUGUCUAGAUGAGGAUAUAACAACCAAAACAGACAUCGAACAUGAUGAUGCAGUGUUGGUUGCUUCGGUUACUGAGGUCGACUUACACGAGCAACCUCCAGCCAAGAAAUCGAGGCAUUUGCCAUACCCCGAAGAAGCAAGCAACGGUCUCGGAGACGUUCUGCUAGAGGAUGCAGACUUAUAAGAUGGAAGGUUGGCGUGUUCUUUUUCGACAUAUUUGUAAAUGAUCAUGUCAGUAGGGUUUGGCUUGCCAUGCUGUCAAUAGUGUAAUGGCUCCAUAUCUGCUUAAUUAGUACCGAUAGAUAAUUCAUUUGGGUAACGUUGAUGUAACCCAUGCUAGUUAUAUCAAGGAUUAGUUUUAAUUCCUCGCCAUCACCAACAUCACACUGUUCUUUUCUCUU